AAAUUUGGCUCGACGUUACUAUUGAGGACACUAAAGUCGAGCCCUUUCCCACCUCAAAAUUUAGCAACUACAUACCAAAAGCAUACCUUAUCCUAUUCAAGUCCCAGUUAUCGUGUUCCCGUUAACAUGUAACUGCAACUGCAACUGCAACUGUUCUCUCUCUCUGUGAAAGACAUGGCUUCCAUUACCUUUAGGCAACUCUUCCACCAGCUAACACCUAAUAGUCCCUAUAUGCAAUGUUCAACUUCAAGGGGAGUUCCUCAUUCACUUGUGUUCCUCGCUGGAAAAAACAAUGGUACGCUGUCUUGGCUUAAUGAUCAAUAUUCAGGCCACAUGAAUCUGACUUUUAUAUGCAAGGCAUCGCCGGUAAAGGAUGGAAAAAUGUCGGCCGACGAAGAUGAGGAUGGAGUGUCUCUGGGAACCAUGAAGUUGCCUCUAAAUACUGACCUCCCAAGAUUUGAGAUCUUGCUCUUUCAGUGGGCUAACAGUCUCUGCCAAGGUGCUAAUCUGCCCCUUCCAGUGCCUCUAAAGGUUGACAAAAUUCCAGGUGGAGCAAGACUUGGCUUCAUUACAAUAGAAGAUGAAGGAAAGACUGAAGUCCUUGUGUACAUAGAUUGCUUAGUUUUUCCAGCAGUGGAUGGUUCGGGUCCGAUUUUCCGGGCUAUAAGAAAUGGUACCAAAAAAGAUCAGCCAGCUCCUGGGGAGCCAAGGAUCAUGAGAGGCCUUCUGCUAGCACUUCAAAAGUCUGUUGAAAUUGCUAGAGUUUGAAAAUUUGAGUUUUUUUUGAAGUUUGGCUACUUUAAUGUUGAUUCAUAUUUGAGCUCCUCUGAGAUUAUUAUACUUUUGAGGUUUAAGUUCUUCACUGUCAGCAAGUUGGUAACAUAAUCUAUUGUAUUCCUUUUAAUUAUCAAAUGAUAGGAUUUGAUCCAUGAAGAUUGAAGAUGAUAGCUUCUUUGUUUCUUCCUUUUUUAUCUUUUUUUCCAGGCUUGUGAUUGUUUUUUUGUUCUCUUUUGG